GCUAAAUUAGUAUUGUUCGAGACACCGUCAGCAGUGGUACACAUAUCAAUCCAUUAAAUUAGCGUUGAUAUUAUAUUUUGAUAUUUAACUUAUUAUAGACAAUACAUAUACAACCACAACAACAAUAUGGUUGCCUGCAAAGUGAUUUUGGCCAUCGCCGUCGUAUUUUUAGCUGCUACUCAAAUCAAUGGUAAACCCAGCACUAAUCCCGACACUGAAUGGAGUAUACCGUUCGAAGAGGCUCUCAAGAACAUCACCAAAAAAAUGAGUGAUGUUGUCAGCGAUAACUCUGAAUAUACUACCGCUGCCAAGAACAGUUUGAACAAUUUCGUCGAAGGUUUCAAAUCCGAACUCGCAGUUCUUUCCAAAUCGUUUGAAGGUAAAGCUGGCGUCUCUGACGUAGUCAAGGAAGCCACUAAGCAAUGGCAAUCAGCCGUUGACACAUACACCAAGAACUUGCCAAAGGAACUCAGCUUAAAGGACUUUAACGAGAAAUCCGAACAGGCCCUUAAAUACAUUGUGGAACAUGCCACUAAUAUCUCAAAGAAAGCCCAAGGAAACACCGACAUUGAGAAGGAAGUCAAGGAAUUCACUAAGAAGAAUAUCGAUUUACUUAUAGAACAAGUUAAAAGUGUCGAAGCUAAAAUCAUUGAAGGAAAAAAAGCCUAAGAUGGACAAGUUUGAGUGACUGACGCACAUUGUACCAACUAUGUGUCAAUCAAAGCACGAUAACUGACAGUUAAUUUAUUACUUUUUAAUUUUAUAAAAUUGUUAUUUAUUUCACCUUUAAAAAUCAAAUAUUAAAU